UCCGCCGCAGCCCCGUCCUCCCCGCGCCCCUCUACGUCCCAUACUCCCAACGGCAAUGAAGCUCAAGCAAGCCGCACGGCCGCUUCUUCAGCCCUGCACCCGCGCGUGGCUGUCAUCUUGGGAGUCGACCGCAGAUGGUAUGUGCCUCUGCUGGUCUGCCGCGCACUAAGCACGGCUCCUGCCGCAUGGUGGGGGCUGCGGUGCGCGUUUACUUUCCUAGCGGAACUGCUUCAUAUUCAACCGGGGAUGGGACAUGAGGGGUGGGCGACGGCGAUUAUUGGGAGUAUUGGGCAGGACUGGGAUGUUGAGAGGAGGUUUCGGGUGACUGAGGUGGCUUUGGCUAUCAUGUGGUGCUGUGCAUCCGCAUAUCUCUCGUAUUUCUUUGCUGAUUGUAUGAUGUCUCGAUGGCUUCUCAACUACACCCCACCGGCUGUGGUAAUUCGUCUCCUUACAACAAACGGCCUGAUUGCAUACAUUACUUCCUGGGUUCUCUAUCUCUCCGGCGCUUCCUCCGACCCACGUCUUCUACUCCCAGCGUGGAUAACAAUUACAACGACCCUAACAUUCAUCUACCACGCGACCCAAAACCACGCCACGAUCAAACGUGAAACAACCGCCUCCGUCCUCGUCGUCUCCGUUGCCAGUUUCGUCAGCAUGUCCUCGCUUCUCUUACAAUUACAUCUGACUCGCGAGAACGAACCGGAGGUGCCUGUUUUUGUGAUUUCGCGCAAGUUGUGGGACUAUGCGGUUGCUAUCUUAUUUCGGAUGCGGGUUGCGGAUGGUAGGGCUGUGGAGAGAGAGCUGUAG